CUCGGGAGAGGGGGAAAUGUCAAAGCAUCAGACGUCCAGAAUCCUGAGGAAAUCUAACGCUUUCUUUCUAGCUGGCUGGAGCAUCUAAGUCUAAAGUGAAUUCCUCCAGUAGUCCGAUUCCUGGCCGCAGGUUUCCUGCGCUAGUCGCGGCCACCCUCGUCUCACCGUAGGGAGCGCUGAAAAUUGCUCCAGGGGCUCGGCCCACUAAGCGUCACGUUCCAGGAGCGGGUGAAUUGCUCUCCCGCUAUCGUGAUCCCGGAGCAAAGUCUACUCAGUGGUUCUCUGCGAGCCGGAGAUGCGCAUCGCGCAGAGAACCUGGGGGCACCGGGCGCUGAGUUUUGAGCUUUCCAUGUCCCGCAGCCUGAGAUGGGAAGACAGCUCCUCUCGCCCCAAACUCACCUGCUUUUUAGAACCACUUCCAUCUACCCUCCAGUCUCACCUCCCAAAGGCUUCCGCAGAAUCCACCACGAUCCAAGGUCCACCGUGAAAGAGAAGAAAGGGAGCGCCUCACUGUGGGCGACAGAGACCUGGCUAGGGAAGGACACGCUGGAAGGGCUGCGUGCAAAAACUUUCCGUCUUCUAGCGGCAACUCUGCGGAACACUCAAUGUCGGAACGUUCCGAAGAUGACGUCGGAGCGUUCUCGAAUCCCGUGUCUCUCGGCUGCUGCUGCCGAAGGAACAGGGAAAAAGCAACAAGAAGGAAGAGCAAUGGCGACACUGGAUCGCAAAGUGCCCAGUCCGGAGGCGUUUCUGGGCAAACCCUGGUCCUCCUGGAUCGACGCCGCCAAAUUACACUGCUCCGACAAUGUAGAUUUAGAAGAGGCUGGAAAAGAGGGUGGAAAAAGCAGGGAGGUUAUGAGGCUUAAUAAAGAAGAUAUGCACUUAUUUGGCCAUUAUCCAGCACAUGACGACUUCUAUCUCGUAGUGUGCAGUGCCUGUAAUCAGGUCGUCAAGCCACAGGUUUUCCAGUCGCACUGCGAGAGAAGACACGGUUCAAUGUGCAGACCUUCUUCCUCUCCAGCAUCUCCACCCUCCAAUUCCAGGACAUCACUAGUACAGGUGAAAACAAAAGCCUGUCUCAGCGGCCAUAACUCUGCCAGCAGCACCUCAAAGCCAUUCAAAACGCCCAAAGACAAUCUACUUACCUCCAGCAGCAAACAGCACACAGUCUUUUCUGCGAAAGGAUCAAGGGACAAACCAUGCGUUCCAGUUCCUGUAGUCAGUUUAGAGAAAAUCCCUAACCUAGUGAAGGCAGAUGGUGCCAAUGUCAAAAUGAACUCUACAACCACUGCUGCGGUCACCGCCUGCUCCACCUUGUCUUCGGCUGUCUCCACCCCACCCUUAAUUAAGCCGGUCUUGAUGUCAAAGUCAGUGCCACCUUCCCCAGAGAAGAUCUUAAAUGGCAAAGGAAUUUUGUCCACCACAAUAGACAAGAAACACCAAAAUGGCACCAAAAACAACAACAAGCCUUACAGGAGACUUUCAGAGAGAGAAUUUGACCCAAAUAAACACUGUGGAGUAUUGGAUCCCGAGACAAAGAAACCUUGCACAAGAUCCCUCACCUGCAAGACACAUUCACUAAGCCAUCGGAGGGCCGUCCCGGGCCGGAAAAAGCAGUUUGACCUCCUUCUGGCAGAACACAAAGCCAAGUCUCGGGAAAAAGAAGUUAAAGAGCAUCUCCUGCCUCCUGCAAGGGAAGUGCUUCCAAACCAACCCGGGCCGGCGCAGGACCUUCUGCCAGGAUCUUCAGGGAGCUCUGCGCCGGAACCUAAAGUCGCAUCCCCUGCAAAAUCCAGGCCACCUAACUCAGUGCUUCCUAGACCGUCAUCUGCAAACAGCAUAAGCAGCAGCACAUCUUCAAAUCACAGUGGCUACACUCCGGAACUCCCUCUGCCCCCAGCUGGAGGGGACCUCGCCAGCCGACUGUCGAGUGAUGAAGGGGAGAUGGACGGAGCCGACGAAUCUGAGAAGUUAGACUGUCAGUUCUCCACCCACCACCCCAGACCGCUUGCGUUUUGCUCAUUCGGGAGUCGCCUCAUGGGACGAGGGUACUAUGUGUUUGACAGAAGAUGGGAUCGUUUUCGAUUCGCCCUAAACUCCAUGGUAGAAAAACACUUGAAUUCACAGAUGUGGAAGAAGAUCCCUCCUGCGGCAGAUAGCCCCAUGCCCUCGCCAGCAGCCCACAUCACCACCCCUGUUCCAGCAUCUGUUUUACAGCCUUUCAGCAACCCCAGUGCUGUGUAUCUUCCUUCAGCUCCCAUCAGCUCAAGACUCACCUCUUCUUACAUAAUGACAUCAGCCAUGCUCUCAAACGCAGCUUUUGUGGCGUCGCCGGACCCGAGCGCCCUCAUGUCACACACCACAGCUUUCCCUCAUGUGGCUGCAACCCUCAGCAUCAUGGACUCAACCUUCAAGGCCCCAUCUGCCGUGUCCCCGAUACCAGCCGUCAUCCCUUCCCCAUCCCACAAGCCAUCCAAAAUCAAAACCAGCAAAUCCUCAAAAGUCAAAGACCUGUCAGCCCGUAGCGACGAGUCUCCAAGUAACAAAAAGAGGAAGCCGCAGUCCUCGACUUCCUCCUCAUUCUCCUUGCAGACAUCCCUCUCGUCUUCAUUAUCAGGGCCCCACAAAAAGAACUGUGUUUUGAAUGCCAGUUCAGCUUUGAACUCCUAUCAGGCGGGCCCUCCCUAUAACAGUCUGUCUGUGCACAACUCAAACAAUGGGGUGAGUCCACUCAGUGCCAAACUGGAGCCCUCAGGACGGACCUCACUGCCCAGCGGCCCCGCGGACAUAGGGAGACACCUGGGCGCGGUGGGCGGCAACAGUGACUCCUGUCCCCUCUCGGUGCCCUCCCUUGCAGGGGACCUCUCUCUGGCCUCACACAAUGCCGUGUCUUCUCUGCCCCUCUCUUUUGACAAAUCAGAAGGAAAAAAGCGUAAGAACUCGAGUUCUAGUAGCAAAGCCUGUAAAAUCACUAAAAUGCCUGGUAUGAAUAGCGUUCACAAAAAGAACCCGCCCAGCCUUCUCGCACCGGUGCCCGAUCCCGUUAACAGCACCUCCUCUCGGCAGGUUGGGAAAAAUAGCAGCCUAGCUUUGUCACAAUCCAGUCCUUCAAGCCUAUCCAGCCCAGGACACAGCCGACAGACCACAAACAGAACGGGCAGGAUAAGAACUCUUCCAUAACAAGACUAUGAAGCCACUUCCAAACCAAUGCCUGGCCACCGCCCCCACCCCAGGAGGCCUUGGGGGGGCGGGGAGAAGGGAGGGGAGUGGGCAGUGGGGGUGUCCAUUUCCUGGGCCCUGCCUGUGGCUCUGGCCCAGCCUUUCUUCUUUUUUUAAUGACCAAUUUUUAGUUUUGGAGAAAAAGAAAAAGGCAAAAGAACGUGAAUUUGAGAUUUAUAGAAAACAAUACCAGUGUUUUGUUUCCGUUGUCUUUCGUUUGCCACGUGUACACAUCCUUCCAAGCUUGGGGGUCACUGCUCCAGCUUCGGGUUCUGCUACUGCACCAUCGCUUUCGCUCCGGUUAUGAGGGCAAGCAGCGCAGGAUGUCAGUUCCUGAUUGGCAUCGUCGCAAACUUAAACUGUAGCGCGAGCAGUGCUCCUUUACUGUGCUCUCCUGCCCAUCCCUCCCCACCCCUCCUACCCGAUGCUCACUAGGUCCCCAAGGCCAUCAGAAAGAGCUGCCCUUCACAAGCUCCCCUCUACACAGGCUGCUGGGAAGAGGGGGUUUUGCUGGGGAGCAUCCUGUGUUUGAAGAGCUGAGACCAGAAGCGGGCAGGUGGGCCCAGGGCACUUGUCAGGUUUCAGUGGUGCACCAGCAUUGUGGGAGCCAGAUGCUAUGGGUGAAAUUGAGGAGAGCAGCCUUUUAAUGAUGUGGUUUACCCAAUACUGUUUGUCCAGCUGUGCGGCUCAGAGGAUAUACUGGGUCAGAUCUAGAACAGGCCUGGGAGGUGGCAGGAAGCAGAGUGAGGGGGGUGGGAGGGAUAUCCCCCCAAAGAUGAUGGCAACUGGCUGCCUGUGAUCCUCUGAGCUUGUUAGGAAUCCAUGCUGUAAAAGCCCUUCCUGGGCACCGUGUACACAGGCCCAAAGCUGAGUAAGCCAGAGGGGGAAGCAUCCCAGGGGAGAGGGUGCGAGACCCCAGGAAGCCACUCAGGAGAAGGCACGGUGCCCACAGCUGUGGAAGUUUCUAGGCGAGGACAAAAAGCGGGGAGGGGAGGAAGGGUCCAUGGAGGGUUAAGAGUCAGAGCCCUGGUGAGAAUAAAUACUAGCAGGGCCUGCCCACCUCUCUGCCCUGGGCCACAGGGCCAUGAGUCAGCAUGCGCUGGGUUAUCAGAAGCCCCAACUCCGACCCAGCCACCCCCUGGUGAAGAGCCAUUGGGAAGAGAAGCUGGAGCCCUGCAGCUAUGAACUUUCACACUGGAGUUUGAUAAGAACAGCAAUAUUAAUAAGCUCUAAUCAGGAAUCAGUCAGGAAAGGAACUCAACGUAAAAGAGAUGUUCUGUACUACUCAUCAUGGAACUUUGCAAAUGAUAUAACGGCACAGAUACUAAGAGGUUUUGCUUUAUCCCUAAAUCAGAAAUCAAUGCCAGUAUCGCACCUGACACAAACCCUCAUCCCCACCCAAAAUGAUGUUUUCUUUCCCAUCCCCCCAACCCAAAGAUCAGACUACUGUUCAGUUUCACCACAUGAUUGGAUUUUACAAAGACGGGAGCAAACGGAGUGAUUUGCAUUGAUGGAGUUGCACUGACAGUGUUUCUUAUAGGAUUACUAAAACUUUUUAAUACAAAAUGAAGAUUUUUUUUAAAAAUCAUGAGUUGAUAUUAGGUACCAGGACAUUAGUUCAGAUGAUUUCAUUUUUAUUUCUACAGUGUUAAAAGUGCACUUAUAUGCUGGUUUAUUUACAUCUUGGGAAAAAGAGACUGCAAAUUGAAGGGAAGAUUGUUACUUUUUCUUUUUUUAAAAAAAAGGUUAAGGCAGAUUUUAAGACUUAUAAAUGUUUAAGAAAUUAUAAACAAGGUUAGACCCUUUGAAAAAAAAGUUUAGAAGAUAUUCUUAAAGUAAAUUUUUAUAGUGUUAAUUUUGUAAUAAUUUAUGUUUUACUAUAUUACAGAGCUAACUGACCAGAAUAGUUUCAGAACAAUAUGAAACUUAGGAAAGUUUAAGCAAUGUUUAUAUUUUUAAAAUGUUCUUUGAAUUAUGUUUUUAUUGUACAUUUCUUCAAACUGAAAAGUAUGUACAUAUCUUUGUUAUUUUUGCACAAUUUUUGUCUCGUUCGGUUUUAGAAGUCUGUUUUUUAUAAUUUAUUUUGAGUUGUAAAACUUGCAGGAGUAAAGACAAACAAAAAAAAUCUCAGCAACAGGAUAACCCUCUGAUUUAUAAACUCUUACAUUCAAAGAGGGGAAACGAAGGUUGAGAGAUUAAGUGGCUGCUUCUGAAAAUAAUGUCUCGACAGGGACUGAAGGAGCAAUUCGAUAGUAGGUUUAAACAUUUUAGCUCUCUGCAUCUUGAUUUGCAAGCUGGAAUAAAGAGGCCCCCCACCGAAUGCUGCUGACUUGGUGAAAGACUGGCUCUGACCAAGGUGAGGACUUUUGUGGAAAACUGAGCAAAAAGGGAAAACCCACAGUGUUUCUUCCUUCACAAUCAACCACAGGUUUACUUUAUAAUGAUGUAUUCAAAACUUACAGCUUGAAAAAUGGAAUGCAAAUAAGGUUUUCUUUGGGUUUGUUUUAACGGAGUUCAACUGGACCCGCCUACAAAACACUAUUAGAGUGAUAUCUUUUAGGUACUUCUUUUCUGCCCACCCCACUAAGCCCUCUCUCCCAGCCCCCCAACUGCACACACCCUCAUUUGCCUGAAGAUCUCAUGACUUGUCGCCAGCCACGGAGGCUAGAAAGCUCUGGUUGUUAAGCAUAACACAAUGCAUAGACCUGUCAGCCAUAAAAACAAAGCGACUUGGAUAACUUGUAUGCCUUCUUUUGUAUCAAUGUACCAAUUGUAAAUAACGCUGAUCAACCUUUGUAGAGAAUAGUUUAUACAGCAUAUUCUAUUAUUGCUGAUUCUCAGUGAACUCUUGUUUUAAAAAAGGAAAAAAAGAAAUUUUCUAUUUACACCUUCUAUUUUGUUAUUAUGCUGUCGGCCCAUGGCACUUUAACAAAACUCUGUGGGUUUUACGUAGCUGGUCAGUCAUGGGGUAUAUUAAAUAACUGUUGUUGCACAGACAAGAAUUUGCACCUGCUCAUUUGUCCUUUCCUACUACCGAUUUUAGAACCUUUUCCAGAAGAAUUUUGAAGAACGCAUGUCCCAAACAUUCUAAACAAAUGCCACACUUGUGGAAUGGGUUUCUUUUCCACGAUCCAUAUUUUGUAACACUAAAUAUUUUCCUUCUUUGUCCUGCACCUUUACGUAUUAUCACUAUCAAAUAGAAUUCAUUCCAUGCCUGUGGUAUUGUAAGCAGAAUAAAUGUCUAAAGUAGGUGUAAAUAGUAAAUUCUAUGGCUUACAGUUUUAAAAAAGGAAAGAACAAACGUGUAUCUAUUGAUACUGCCAUGGUUCAGCACCAGGCCUGGAGACAUUCUCCAGUGAGCGAUUGUAUUUUUUUUUGGGGGGGGGGAGGCUUUUUUUU